AUCAUGAGCCAAUUCUGAGCGCGUCUCCUGAUGAUCAACCAUUAUAAUCCAUCUGGCUCUCCCAGCAAGUCACGUCGGUAAAUCACGGAGGCGUUCUCGGCAGCCUAGUCCCUGCAACAUCAGCAGCAUCGCCCCGAUGAGACGCCGGACGCGACGCAGUGUUUUCCACCUGGCCGUCUUCGUCGGGAUCCUCGGCCUCAUCCUCUUCCUCAAUCGACCACCUUCCCCCGGUCGGUCUUUCGCUUGGACCACCGUCUCCUAUGUGACUACUUCUGCCCGCCUCCCCGAGGCUCGGGGCGUGUGUCCAGGCCUAACGGAGACGGACAAGCCCGCCCUGGUCGUGUCGCGAAUCAGAAGUGAUGACUCCGGGUGGCUCGCGCCACUGGCGGAACAAUAUCAUCUCUGUGUGUACACAGCAGACGCACCAUCGGACCCUCGUAGUACGCAUCUGCAGAUGCCCGCGAAUCGGGGCCACGAGGCAAUGGGGUAUUUGACCUUCCUAAUUGACAAUUAUGCCCGUCUCCCUGCCGCGGGGAUGGUGUUUGUGCAUGGUUCCCGUUGGGCCUGGCACAACGAUGCACCAGAUUACGACAACGCAGCGCUGCUCGCGGCAUUGAACGUCUCUGCAGCUAUGGCACCCUGGGGCUACCACAAUCUCCGCUGCGACUGGAGCGUUAGCACCUGCUCUCCCAAGACGCCCGCCCAGGGCAGCUUGGAGCUAUCGCUGCAGUCGGUACUCGAGCCGUGGAGCGCCCGGACGGCCUCCGAUGUCGCUUUGCCGGGCGCGUUGGCCUCGCUUUUUAGCAAGGACCAGGUUAGCCUAAAUUUGGAGGGUGCUCGGGUCCUCCUCGGUCGGAACGAUGCGGUACGGGCACAGUGUUGCGCACAGUUCGUUGUCAGCCGAGAGAGCGUCUGGCAGCACACACGGGAUGAGUAUGUUGCGCUACGGCAAUGGCUGCUUGAUGGCAGCGACGACAGCCGACACAGUCCUUCCCCGGCGAACCGUCGAGCAGCGCCGCGGGAUGACCGUAUCGCGGGUCGCAUUUUAUCGUACGUGUGGCACAUUCUGUUUAUCAAGCAUGAGGCCCUGCGGUCGGAGGGAUCUGCGGCAAUUAACCUGGACCGACUGAACACGGCUGGCUGUCCGCGGGCGGAUGAAUGCUACUGUCGUCUAUAUGGCCGGUGCAAUCUGGACUGGUGCACGGCUGAGAGUUGCCAUGGGCAGUAUCAGUUGCCUCCAGAUUUCAAGGUGCCGGCGUGGGUGACUGAGAGGGGGCAGACGUGAAGGGGGUCAAGUGGUAAAGAGAUGUAUAGAAGAGUAGGACAAUGAAUACCCUCGUUACAUAUUGGAAGAAAAGACCUUAGCGUUUGUAACGAAUGACAGGACUGCCGGGCCUAAGGCUUGAACAAUUUCCAUUCUCAGGCACUAAGGACAAAAUGGCUCAGGCUUCGCGGCAGCAAGACCGCCAGGCACCCAGGCAAUGAACGGUUGCCCGGCAAUUGUCUUUCUCUUUCUCCCUUCCAUCCAUGGCUCACCCAGAGCAUCCCUGUUUACCCCCAGGCGUCUUUCAAUCUAAACCGACGAUCCGUGUCUCUCAACGACCCACUGCGGGGUAUUCACGCAGGCCAUCCCCAUUCCUUUCUCCGCAGAAGCAUCUUUCCAAUCUCUUCCUGCGAACGCUAGCCAAGCCUGCAACUGGAGGACGGGCUGCAUAUUAGACGGUACUCAGGUGCCGAGUAAGUGAGGCGGUUCGGCAUUUCGUCCUAACAAC